ACAGCAUAACUACAAUCUCUCCCCGCGAGCCAGCUCAUACUAUAAGCCAUUGGAUUAAGUUUUGGAAGGAGAACAACGGAGAGGUGGGAUAGAUAAGGAGAGAGAAGGGGUGAGAAGAAGCGGUGGCAAUGGUUGUUCCCAUGGUUCUGUUAAAGAUAGCAGCACGCUGGCUGUUCACAUUUUACAGGGCAGCCAAGAAGUUCAGGAACUAUGGUUUCCUCCACAGAAACCCCUCUAGAUUGCACCAAGUUUCCUCCCUUUACUCCAGCGUGACCAAGUGUUCCUUAGAGGGGAGGGAGGCCCAGAGUAUAGUUUGUGACUUCCAAGGCAUUCUUCUCCAAUCUUCUUCUCUCUUCCCUUACUUCAUGCUGGUGGCCUUCGAAGGUGGAAGCAUCUUCAGGGCUUUCCUCCUCCUCCUCUCCUUCCCAUUUCUCUGGACCUUGGGCCACCAUGGGGAUAUGAGUAUGAGAGUCAUGGUCUUUAUCACCUUUUGUGGCCUUAGGACCAGGGACAUGAACCUCGUCGCAAGGGCAGUGCUCCCCAAGUUCUAUCUCGAGAACCUCCACCUCCAAGCCUAUGAGGUGCUGGCCUCCACCGGGAGGAGGGUGGUUCUCACCAGCAUGCCCAGAGUCAUGGUGGAAGGCUUCCUCGAGGAGUACUUAUCUGUGGAUGAGGUUGUCGGGACUGAACUCCAGGUUGUUAGAGGGAGCUACUUCACUGGCCUCAUCUCUGGCCAUGUCUUGUCUCAAAAGCAAAAGGCUCUCAGAGACCUCUUUGGGGAAACCAAGGCUGAUGUAGCCCUUCUGAACCCCUCCAACGCUCAUGAUCACCUCUUCAUCUCACACUGCAAGGAAGCAUACGUCGUGAGCAAAGAAGACCCCACCAAAACCACUGGCGGCAUGAGCGCAGUAAUGCCAAGAAACAAAUACCCAAAGCCGCUAAUAUUCCACGAUGGCAGGCUGGCCUUCUUCCCCACUCCUCUAGCCACCAUGGCCCUCUUCCUUUACCUCCCUAUGGGCAUAGCCCUGGUCAUCGUCCGGAUCGUUCUCGGUCUAAUCCUCCCCUACAAAGCCGCCAUGGUCGUCGGCGCACUCUCCGGCGUGCGCUUCCGUGUCGACGGGCUCAACCCUUCCACCAGGAACGCUGAGACCGGUGGUGGCAAGGGUAAAGGAGUGCUGUAUGUUUGCAGCCAUCGAACGCUUCUGGACCCUGUCAUGCUAAGUGCGGCGCUGCAGCGAUCGGUGCCGGCGGUGACAUACAGCCUGAGCCCGUUGUCGGAGAUGAUGUCGCCGAUCAAGUUGGUGCGGCUGACGCGGGGCCGGGACCGGGACGCCGAGACCAUGCGGCGGUUGUUAAGCGAGGGGGACCUUGCGGUGUGCCCGGAGGGGACGACAUGCCGGGAGCCGUACCUGUUGAGGUUUAGCCCGCUCUUUGCGGAGCUGGCGGACGAGAUUGUGCCGGUGGCGAUCGACGCAAAGGUGUCGGUGUUCUACGGGACAACCGCGAGCGGCCACAAGUGGCUGGACCCGGUUCUCUUCUUCAUGAACACGAUGCCGGAGUACCGGCUUCGGUUCAUGGAGAGGGUACCCGGGGAGAUGACCUGCAGCGGUGGCCAGCGGACCGGGGCGGAGGUGGCGAAUUGGAUCCAGAGGCGGCUGGCGGAGGCGCUCGGGUUCGAGUGCACGGCGCUGACGAGGAGGGACAAGUACAUGAUGCUGGCCGGGAAUCCAGGGGUGGUGAGAGAUCGGCCGGAGAGGAAGAGUCCAUAGGACUCGGUAUUCUCGGAUUCAAGAUCUCCCGAGAUUGGUGGCUUUGGAGUACAAGGUUGUUGUUCUUCCUUCUAUAUAUGACCGUUUU